AUUGCAGGAUGGCUCGGAAGAUGAGUAUCAGUGAACUGGAGGACCAGCUUCUCUGUCCCAUCUGUCUGGAGGUCUUCAAGGAACCUCUGAUGCUCCAGUGUGGACACUCCUACUGCAAGUCCUGUGUGGUGUCCCUCUCAUGUGACCUGGACAGGCAGUUCCUAUGUCCUGUGUGCCGCCAGGCUGUUGACUGCAGCAGCUCACCACCCAACGUGACACUCGCCCGGGUCAUAGAGGCACUGCAAGCCAUGGGCGAGUCAAACCCCACUCAAGAGUCCUGCCCGAUCCACCACAACCCCCUCAGUCUCUUCUGUGAGCCUGACCAAGAGGUGAUCUGUGGGCUGUGUGGCAUCAUCGGUGCACACCGGCAGCACAAGAUCACACCAGUCUCUACUGUCUACAGCCGCAUGAAGGAGGAGCUCUCUGUGCUGUUAACUGAAGUCCAGCAGCAAAAAAGGAACCUGGAUGAACACAUGAGCAAGCUGGUUAACAAUAAAAUUCGAAUUGCGAAUGAGUCAGAUGUCUUCAAGUGGGUGAUCCGGAAGGAGUUUCAGGAGCUGCAUCGCUACAUCGACGAGGAAAAGGCCAGCUUCCUGGAAAGCACUGAAAUAAAGGCUGCUCGCCUCAUUGCCUCUAUUGAGUCCCACGUCAAACAGACAUCAGACACCCUGAAGAAGUUAAAGGAAGUAGAGAGUUCAUUAGAGAAACUCAACAAUGAAAGUCAGUUGGAUUUCAUCCGGAAACAUGGCUCAGUCAUCUCCAGGUCAGAGCUUCCCCAGCUGAAUCCACUGGAAGGGACCUUCAGCGCUGUCUCCUUCAAGCCAGGCUUCCAUCAAGAUGACAUCAAGAUGACUGUAUGGAAACGUCUGCAUCGCAGAGUCCUGCCAGCUCCAGAAACGCUGAAACUGGACCCGGCAACUGCACACCCUCACCUGGAGCUGUCCAAGGGAAACACAGUUGUGCAGUGUGGUCUCUAUCAGCGCCGGGACAGCAAUCCUGAGCGCUUUGACUCCAGCAACUGCAUCCUGACGAACAAGGGCUUCUCCUGGGGCAGGCAUUACUGGGAGGUGCUUGUUGGCAUCAAGAGCCACUGGCGCCUGGGCAUCAUCAAGGGGACAACCAGCCGCAAAGGCAAGCUGAGCAAGUCUCCUGAGCAUGGUGCGUGGCUCAUUGGCCUGAAGGAAGGUAAGGUCUAUGAGGCCUUCAAUACUGCACGCACCACACUGCCGCUCACAACUCGGCCCCAGCGCAUUGGCAUUUACCUACACUAUGAGAAGGGUGAACUGACCUUCUACAAUGCGGACAGCCCCAAUGAGCUUCUCCCCAUUUACACCUUCCAGGCAGAAUUCCAGGGGAAACUCUACCCCAUUGUGGAUAUGUGUUGGCAUGAGCGGGGCACCAGCUCCCUGCCCAUAGUGCUGCUCACACCCUCCAUGAUCCAACACACACGGUCUCCUGACAGAAGCUCUGACCCAGAGGAACCCACAAAGCUAUAGAUCUCCAUGCAGAAAGAGCCCCUCACUCCUGGGAAUAGACACACCUUUCUCUGUGUGGUGAUCUACUGGCAGGGAAGGGGCUAUGGCCUACACUGUUCUCAGUUGUUCAGUCUCAGGAUUGGGAUUGACAUGGAAACAGGUUCUUUAUUCAUUAAGGGCAGAGAAUAGGCAUAAACCAAAGCAGCCUUUCACAUAAGUGAAUUUGGACCUGAUGCCUACCUUUCGACCCAACACUGUUGUUGAGUUCCUUAUAUCCCUGCUACCUUCUCCUUUCCCAGACUCUUGUGAAUGGCAAUAACAACUGCUGGACAUCACUGACCAUCACAGGCAAAGAGCAGCAAGUCCAGAUAAACGCCACUGAGCACAUCUCUUGUUGUAGACCGUGAGCCGUAUGACAGAUGCGGUAGAGUUGUGGAAUGCUCAGAGGCCAUUGUAAUAACUCUUUACAUCUAGGGGCUGGCUAGUGAUUGUAUUGUCUGCUAAAUGGGUAAAGGAUGC